GCCAUCUUGAUGCAUACCAAGUCUACACGAGUAGAUUGUGGAGCACUAAACGCGUUUACAUUUGUUAAUUUUAAUCAUAAAAUAAGUGUUAAUUAUUGUUCUGAAUAAACAUAUUUUUAAUUGUAAUGGCUACGUCAAAAACAACAAAUACUUACAAUAGGCAAAACUGGGAAGAUGCUGAAUUCCCAAUUUUAUGCCAAACGUGCCUUGGAGAUAAUCCUUACAUUCGAAUGACUAAAGAGAAGUACGGAAAAGAAUGCAAAAUUUGUGUACGUCCCUUCACGGUAUUCCGAUGGUGUCCAGGAGCAAGAAUGCGCUUCAAGAAAACCGAAGUAUGUCAAACAUGUAGCAGACUCAAAAACGUAUGUCAAACGUGUCUAUUGGAUCUAGAAUACGGAUUACCUAUUCAAGUACGAGAUAUGGCAUUGAAAGUAAAAGACGAUAUUCCAAGAUCAGAAGUGAAUAAAGAAUAUUAUGUACAAAAUAUCGAUAAAGAAAUAGGAAAUUUGGAUCCAACAGUUCCUGCUGGAGCUGUUGGAAAAUCAGCAGCAGCAAGUGAUCUAUUAAUGAAAUUGGCACGCACUAGUCCAUAUUAUAAAAGGAACAGACCUCAUAUUUGCUCGUUUUGGGUUAAAGGAGAAUGUAAAAGAGGCGAAGAAUGUCCUUAUAGACACGAAAAACCUACAGAUCCUGAUGAUCCACUUGCAGAUCAAAAUAUAAAAGAUCGUUAUUAUGGAAUUAAUGAUCCAGUUGCAGAUAAAUUGAUGCGAAGAGCGGCAGCAAUGCCAACAUUAGAACCGCCAGAAGAUAAAUCGAUCACAACCUUAUAUAUUGGUGGAUUGGGUGAUGUGUUAACCGAAAAACAACUCCGUGAUCAUUUCUACCAAUACGGUGAAAUCAGAUCCGUAACUAUGGUGCCACGCCAGCAGUGUGCAUUUAUUCAAUAUACGCAAAGAAGUGCAGCAGAAUUAGCUGCUGAAAGAACAUUCAAUAAGUUAAUUCUUGGAGGCAGAAGAUUAACCAUCAAAUGGGGUCGUUCUCAAGGACGUCAAACAGUAUCAGCAGCCGAAACGACGAGAGAGUUGCUAGAACCGGUGCCAGGUUUACCAAAGCCACUUCCGCCACCCGAGAGUUUAGGCAACAAUUUCUUCAAUCUCCAAGCUACACCAGGCAUCAUGCCUCCUAUGAUGAUUCCACCACCUCCAGUUGCUCCACAGUUCAUGUUUCCUACUCAAAUUGCUACUGCCACUGCAGCUGCUCCUAUUUUCCCUCCAGGAACUGCUCCAAUCCAUUAUCCUAGUCAAGAUCCAUCAAGGAUGGGUGCAAGUCAAGGUAUUGGCAAACCAUGGCCCGAAGAGUAAAAGUAACAUAACAAAUUCUUUCGAAUUAUAAUAUUUUCGAAUUGACCAUUACUGCAUCAUUUAUUUAAAUGAUGAAUUUGUAAAUUUAUAUCUUUUAGAUAAAACCUGAAUAUAAGUAUGUUAAUGAUGGAUAUAAAUAAGUAACGUGAUUAUUCAGAACCAUUUACUUGUUUGCAGAUUUUAUUCAUUAAGUUAAAUUAAAUUUAUCAUUGUAUUUUUUGGCAAUUUGACGUAAAUAAUUAUACAU